GUCGGGUCAGCCUCCAACACGGAGAAUGUGACUUUGGUGCCCGACAAUCUGGUGGUGCCCGAGGCUUCAUCGCUCUACCCGAUGAGUAGCUCUUCAAACCCUCAUUUUCCACAGGUUCCCAAGGCGGGCUCCAUUGCCGACCUGCCCAAGGACGGGACCAAUGAGACAGCGAGCAACUUGGACACUGCCCGCUCAGCAGUGUCCGCUAGCUCCAUGUCUCCAGAAGAGAAGGAACGGGAGAAGGGCCGCCUUCAGAAACUGGUGAAGGACUUUGCCAAGGAGGUGGUCAGCGGCAUCCCAGUAAACCUUGUGAACCCGGCGACGGCCCACCCGUCGCCCCAUUUUUUCCAGAUGGACCGGCACCUCACGGUCUUCUCGUUGAAGCCAAAGGAUGGCUCAACGGCUGAGGCGGCUGUGCAGGACUACAGCGUGAAAGAGCUCACAAAGAUCUACAAGGGGCCCGAGGUUUUGAUGAACGCCCCCAAUCUGGGUGUUUUGGCUCAACACUGUGUGGCCUUCGAUACCACCCGGGUGCAGGCCUUGUGGGCAUCCUCAAUAGCUCUGGUCUACGAUUUGCUCACCCUUUCAUGCCAGGAGGCCUUGGAGCGGGACAAAUUCUAUACCUGCCUCAAGAUCUUGCGCAUGUCCGUAGAUAUCAGUCAAUCAGGUCAAACUUCUUCAUGACCAGAAGCUUUCAGCUUCAGAAGCUUUAGGCACCGUUUCACUGUUUGCAGGGUGAGAAACAGGCUGC